UUUCUGUAGGCACAAUUUAUUCUGUAUACUUCUAAAAACAAUAUUAUUUCUGGUUCAUUGAGAUGGCUCUAAGGUACAAAGACAAAAUAACGUUGGUCACUGGCGGAAGUAAGGGGAUUGGCAAGGGAAUCGUCACAGUCUUUGUGCAACAAGGCGCCAAAGUUUGCUUUUGCGCUCGAGAUGAAGAUGUUGGAUUAAAACUAGAAAAUGAAUUAAAUGGGAAAUAUCCCGGAUCUUCCUUUUUUGUAAAAUGUGACGUCGCUAAAGAAGAAGACAUUGUGAAAGUUGUUAACGCUACUGUGGCUAAGUUCGGAGAAAUUAAUUGCCUUGUGAAUAAUGCGGGAAGACAUCCACCUGAUCAAAAGAUUGACGAUAUUUCAGCAGCUGAAUUACGAAGUUUGUACGACACGAAUGUUGUCAGUUACUUCCUAUUUGCCAAAUAUGCAUUGCCAAGUCUUCGGAAAACUAAAGGAAAUAUCAUAAAUUUAUCAAGUUUAGUAGGAAGUAUGGGACAACCUAACGCUGUUCCAUAUGUAUCAACAAAGGGCGCCAUCAUAGCCAUGACAAAGGCAAUGGCUAUUGACGAGGCAGUCUACGGUGUACGAGUCAACUGUAUAAGUCCAGGAAGUGUUUGGACACCUAUGUGGUCAAAACUGGCGAACGACGCAAUAGAUACAUAUCAGACGACCCUAGAUGGCGCUGAAGCACAGCUGAUGGGAAGAUUUGGUUCUCUGGAAGAAUCUGGGAAUCUCGCUCUAUAUAUUGCAGCGGAAGCAACAUUCACUACAGGAGUUGAUUUUCUACUGACUGGUGGUGCAGAAUUAAGUUAUGGCCGCAAAACAAGAGUCCAAGCUCAGAUGCCAAGCACUUAAGGCUAUAGUCUUCGGAAAGACCGAUGCAAAUCACUUAUAAUUGAAUGUAAAUUAUGUAUGCAUGAUGCAAUUCAUCAAGCUUAAAACACUCUAGCGGUGGCAACAAUAGUAUACGUUAAAUAAAAGUUAACUUCAAUUCACUAUUAUAACAUGAUGUGUUUUAUUUUGUAUACCAAUGUAUAUGUGUAUG